AUGUCGCGCUCACAUCAGUCAUCACCAGAACCCGAGCCGAGGGUUGGCCUUUCUCGGUUGCUGUUUUCGCGACAGUCAGCUAGUGAAAAAAAAUCAGAUGAACUAUCGAAAAGUCCUGAUCGUGGGCCAUCUCCAGAUGCAGCUGAUUAUCACCAUAAUCGCACUUCAUCUCGAUCACGGAGUCGUCGAAUCGCUGGAUUCGCUUCAAGGUCACUUCGCAAAAGUCAAUGGCGGUUGUUUAAGCACAGAACUUUCUUCGGCAGUCAACGGAGCAGUAUCAAGCAGAACCAUCAUCAGCUGCAGCUGCCGCGCCUCACUCUUCGUCAUCCUUCGGUCGACGCCGACGCCAUGCCCUUGUCAGUGGAUGGAGAAACGGAACUUCCGAACGAAUUUCUCACUAUUCGCACUUCGCAAAGGCGAUGGACUGAAUCGGAAUCGGGACGACUUCGUGACUCACGCGAAUCAUCGGGCUUCGACGAUUCGCACGAUCUUCUCGAUGACGCUUUGCCGCAGGCGAUGACCGCACCGGUAUCGCCUUCGGUGCCGCUAAGCGCUAGCAGUCAUUCGGACGGAUGGAAGUACUCGUCGCAGAAGUUGCUGUGGAAACUGAAACCUCGUUACAUCAAUUUCAGCCAUGCAUCGAGCACUUCGUCAUCGACGGAUUCAGCCUGGAAGUCCCUGGACAGCUUCACAUGGAGAUCUGUGGAUGGAGCCGAAGUUGUCCUUCGAGGAGCUCGUCUUGAAGCGUUGAGUGAGAUCGAACGGAGUGCUCUUCGCCUUGUUGCUCUACAGCGAUUGGCUGUACUCCUGCCUGGAGUAAGCUUGGCCAAGCCGAAAGAUCCCCUGCUGGCCAUUCGCCAAAAGAGGCAAAAGCUGUUGAAGCCAAACAAGGCAUUGAACGCUGCCGAAGGAAAUCGUCGAGUAAGCGGUUAUAGCGUAGAUGCAGCUGAAAAACGGUUGUUUGGAGUUUCUCUUGUGACUUGUAUGCAAAAUGAGCGCCGAUUAGAUCUCGAAAGCAGAUGUCGUUCGCUUGACGAUGCUGCUUGCGCUACGAGAGCUACCGGAAGUUCUUCUCCUCAACAACAAGCUAAAUCUGUGCGAUCUGAGCCUGAGUUUAUGACUUUAAACGAUCGAAAAUGGCUGUAUCCAUCGACCCAGAAUUUGUAUCCUGAGUCGACUCCUUCGUCACCAGCGGCAUAUGGCUCAGCUCCGCCCACUUGUUCCUUGCCUGUUAAGGAUUUUUCACUGAUCACACAUGCAGAACCGGAAAAGGAAAUUGUUACGGGUCGUUUUAUCAAAAAACAACGUCCUUCGUCCGCUUCGUUUUCGUACUCGCUUGAUGCACCAAUCUCUAGCGAUGACGCCGAUCCGCACAAUCUUCAAGUACCACGAAUAGUGGAGAACUGUACACAGUAUCUCAUGGCAUACGGUCUCAAUACGGUUGGACUUUUCCGAGUGGCUGGAAAUGCGAAGCGUUGCCGCCAGCUGAAAAGUACCCUGGAAAAGGUAGGAGGUGGUACGGCCAUUAGUGACGAACUUGUUGAAAACACCACAGCACAUGAUGUCGCGACACUUCUGAAGGAGUACUUUCGAGAUCUGCCACAAUCCUUGCUGCCUCGGGAACAUUAUCAAGCUUACAUAACUGCUGCUCGAUUUUCUUUCGAGGAACGCGUAGAAGUGAUUCGGCUCCUUUUUUCUUUGCUUGGGCCACCAAAUAUCGAUACGCUGUAUGUAUUAUUGAAGUUUCUACAUGAGGUAUCGCUACAUUGUCACGACCAGACUGGAGCUGAAGCAGAGCAAGUCGUGCAAGGCAAUAGAAUGGACGCAAGAAACCUGGCCACUAUAUUCGCCCCGUCCAUCCUUCGACCCGACCACGGAAAGCUGCAUGCCUCUCUUGUCGAAAAUGAACAACAAAUUGCUAUUGUAGAAACGAUGAUCGCACAUGUUGAAGAGGUGUUUCGGAUUCCCAAGGAGCUACAAUGCAAGAUGUAUAACAAGUUGCGCGACACGGAUCCUGAUCGACUUGACCGUUUUCUCAACCAUGUGUCAAAGGCCGACGGCAACGAACAUCCACUGACAUCACCUUUCCCGGCUACAGCUGAAGAAGUACACCGACCAGAAUGCCUUUCACCGCUGGAACACACUAAUGAUAAAGAACUGCUUUCAACAAAAGUGACAUCACAUCGUAGCGGUUCGUGGCCAUUUUCAUUAGCCCGCAGCCCUCAAAAUCAGCAACGCUUCUUUCCUACCGACUCUGCUUGUCCAUCAACCAGUUCGUGUCCAUCCGACGAUAACGAAUCCAGGGAAACUAUCAGAUCCAGUACCAUCAACAACAAUAACAACGAAACGGAUAGUAAAGAUCUCACAACCGGAGUGCCAGACCGUGCUCGAUCUCCGUCGCGAGAGCGAGACUUCCGCGAAGCGGCUCGUCAUGGUGCGGCAGCAGCGCGCCGUCGCCUCUGCAACGUUGUGCGCGCCUUCCGCUUCUCCAGCGUCACGCGCAGCUCACCGAACGUCGCCGACUGUUGAUCUCACCAUUCUCCUAGUCAUCACUAGUCAUUCUGUGUUUUUGUACAUUUUCCAAUCAUUCACAAAUCAUAUCCGCUGCUUAUAUUCUUGUUGCUCAGCUUUUUCCACCCAAACAAUUGAGUAGGCACGAUCUCAUUAUGCUGCACCUCACACUCCCACUUGACAGUCUCAUUCCAUUUGUCCCACCUGCAUAUCACCCCAUAGAUGGUAAUUGUCGUUUGAUCUCUUCUAU